GAUACCGCACCGUCCGGGGGGAUUUUAUUCUUCUCGUUUCCCGGCCAGCAUGGAUUUUCUCAAUCACAACUACUUGAGCGCCAGGGGGCCCUACGACUACACCUUUAAUUUCUGGAACGAUUACCUGGGCCUGACCACGCUGGUCACCAAGAACCCCAAGAUGAGCGUGCCCCACAUGAGCCCCAACUCCAUCACCGAGUCCCUGAAGGCCACGCUGGGUCUGGACGACGCGCGCGAGUGCGCCUGCGCCUGCGCCUGCGCCUGCGAGGGCGCAGCGCCGGAGGGCGGCUGCUCCUGCUACUGCUGCUGCUGCUGCUGCUCGGGAUGCCCGCCCGGCACGCCCCCGCCGCCGGGCUGCGUCGCCGAGCUCAAGGAGCGCUUCUCCAUCCUCAACCCCUUCCAGAGCCACCAGCCACCGGAGCGCGAGGCGCACGGGUGCUUCCCCGGCUUCGAGCGCGCGAGGACCCGCGGCAAGCCGGCGUCCGUGCGGGGCAAGCUGGAGCCCAAAAUCUGCGUGUUCUGCCGGAACAACGGCGCACCGGAAGAGGUGUACGGCUCGCACGUCCUCAAGACGCCCGACGGCCGGGUGGUGUGCCCCAUCUUGCGGGCGUACACCUGCCCGCUGUGCAGCGCCAACGGGGACAACGCGCACACCAUCAAGUACUGCCCGCUGUCCAAGGAGCAGCCCCCGCAGAGGCCACUGAAGGGGGGCCGGGCUGUGGGGGGUAAGCGGAUGAAAAUAUUUUAAAAAAGAAAAAAAAAGAAAAAGAUGGAAUGAAAUGACCUUCAAGUAUGAUGAAGAAUUGCACUGAACCAUUUGCAGAUGACUGUCGAUUUUAUUUAGACUUUUAUCCCAUACACAUGUUGACUAAUAUGGGGUGUCCAAAAAAAGAAAUACAAACAUUUAAAAUAAUCAUAUUUAGACCAAUCCAAUGUAGGUCCAAAUAUUAUAAGCAGUUAAAUAUAUAUAUAUAUAUAUAUUUUAAUACUGUAUAUGCUCUGUGUUAUAUGUAACAUUUUUUAGUGUGGUCCUUUAAUCUCAUUUGUCAUUUUUUGAUGCUUAGAGAUUGGUUUUCAUUUUUGUCUUUUACCCAUUAUUUGAUAUUGUAUUUUGCCCUAAAGCUCUUCCUCCUCCUUGUCAUGUUACUUUUAGUUCUUAGGCAAUGUAAUAGUUUGCUUUUUCUUUUCGCUAUUAUAUUUGGACUCUUUUGACUCUUUUUCUCCCCCUUUUAGUGUGGCCCUAAACCUCCUUUUUUAUUUCUUAGAAAUGAUUUUUUUUUUUUUUUUUCCUCGUCUCUAAUUAUAUUUUUUACUUUUUUGGUGUGGCCCUAACCUGCUUUCGGAAUGUUAUUUUUAAUUCUUAUCCACUUUUUUCUUUUUUUUUCUUCUUUUUCCUAUUAUUACAUUUUCUGGGGGGCAAAACAAAAUAAUAAUACAAUCUUCAGUCGUACUUUGGACACCCCUGAUGUAUCCAGAUCUAUUUUUAUAGUUCCCUUAUCCACUCAAUGAUGGUUUGUACGUUGAAUUUAUUUUCUUUCCUAGUGUGUGGUAAUGUGUGCGUAUAUAAGUACACUAAUGUACAGUAAUCAAAUAGAGAUGGACAAAAAAAAUGAGUAUUUUGGUUAGUAGGAAUGUGAAUGUCGUGUUUCUAUACUGAGUAUUUUUUUAUCUGGCAGCAAAGCUGACCUCGUUUGUCGUCCUCGUUUAAAAUAAAAUAAAAAAAAAGUUUUGUUGGCCAUUAAAAACCCUCCUGUUAUGUUGCGGGUCAAAUUGACCCAUAUGAAACUUGAUGAAAAUGUGUACUUUAAAAUAUUUGCAAUGAAAUGGUUAGUAACUCAGUUAAUAUUGUGACAUGAACAAAGUUAAUUGUUGUUGUUUUUUUCUGUUUUGGACAUUGAACAUGGCCCAGGUCAAAUUGACCCAUGUUAAAGUUCUUCUGGUCAGUAACAAAGUAAAUAAUGACAUACAAACAACGUCUAUUGGGAUGUUUCUUCCCAGUUUGAACACCUUUAAACAAGCCCUGGGUCAAAUUGACCCAUUCGAAACCAUAUCUGGAAAAUUGACCCAUAUCAAACUUAUUGGCUUAAUGAAAAUCUUUCAUUUUACAUAAUUGCAUUUAAAUGGUUCACCACAGAGUUAAUAAUGACAUAAAAACAAUGUUUCGGGGAAUUCUCCCCCCCCUCCCAGAACACUAUUGGUUCACAAAACAGGGUCAUACUGACCCUUACGAAACGUCUUGACAAAAAGGGUUCAUUUCACAUCUUUAACAUGAAAUUGAUAGUCACAGACUCGAUAGUGACUUAUAAACAAUCUUGAAUGUUAUGGGAUCAGUUUCUUUCUCUUUUGGAUCAUUAAACACACCCUGGGGUCAAAAUGACCCAUAUGGAAGCAGUUCAUUUUACAUAUUUGCAAUGACUUGGUUAAUAAUGACGUAUUAACAAUGUUUAUUGGCAUGUUUGUUACUAAUUAUAUACAUAUAUAUUCCCAUUUCUGACACUCAUUUAACAAAAUACGCCCGGGUCAAACUGACCCAUGGACAUGAUUACUGUUCGUGAGAAAACGAAGUUAACAGGAGGGUUUAACAAAAGAAUGUGUCCAGUCAGGAGUCGUUUGAUCCCACAAAAGUUGACACUGAAACCGCAAUGAGGUGGGCCGGAGUGGAACACAAUGUGGCCUCUGUUUAAGAGAACUGUUCUUUUCCUCCAAGGAAUCCCCAACCCACCCACCCACACCGACACACACACACACACACACACACACACACAGGGGUUUUUUUUUCGAGCCAAACGCCUUCAUUUUUGUUUACAUUGCCAAAUAAGGGCAUCGACACACUGGAUUUAGCGCUUCUUCUUCUUAUUCCCACUUGGGGACAAAGCAUAUGAAUGUCGACCACAUGCUCGUUUAACUGAGGAAUUCCCAAAUAAUCAACAAUAAUCAUGCAAAACUGUUGUGAAUGUAUGCAGGACUGCGCAGUUUACCAAAGGAUGGCAAAUGUGUGUGCACGUGUGUGCGCGCGCGUGCCUGUGUGUGUGUGAUGUCAGUGUUUGAACAAAGAGUGACCACAUGAGGGCGCUACCUCAACCUGGUUUUUGUACUUCAAAGAAAAAACAAGUCUAAGGCAGUUUCUGGAAAGAGUGCCAUUUAUAAUGAGGGUUUUUCAUAGUAUUUUGGAUCUUUGUAUAACACAAUUGUAUUUCUGUUGCAUUUAACAAGACGCGAGCGCAUCAGCUAGAGCGUUGUUGUCCGAAGUACUAAUGAACAUGCCCGUACUUUAUAGGCAAAUAUACUUUUUUUGUUGUUGUUGUUGAUGUUGUUUGGAUUAAAUGAAGAAGCGAUGAUGAUGAAAA